CAGCUAUGGGGGACUGACCGAGCCUCCGUGUGUCCGUCUUACGGGCGGGGCGACCCGCGUGGUCCCGAGGCGCCGGGGGGAAGAUGGCGGCGGCUGCCCGAGGCCCAGGCACGGCGUGGCCAGGGCUGGGCGCCUCGUGCGCGGCUCCGCGGCUGGGGGCAGAAUGGUAUCUUGAAGUAUAUGACUUCGAUAUUUCAAAGGAGUGAGAUGUCUACAGGAAGGGUGGAAAGCAGCUCCCUUGCCUAAUCUGCGUGGAAAAGGAGAACUGGGUCAUGGCUUACCAAAACGUGGUGGAAAAGUGGAGCCUUCUGUUCUUCAGACCCUCUUAAUACACAGAUUCAAGGUCAAGAGCUGAAACUGGAUAUUGCAUGAAUUACACUGCUGUACAGCCAAAAUGCUUCUGAAAUAAAUGUAGUCAAACUUUACUAAUUCUGGGUCACUGAGAACGAAAAUGAUUCUUAAAAUUGUUGAUUGGCUCUAGUUUUUAAGAUAUGCUAUUGGGUCAGUAUAUACGACCCUUAACUUGGGAAUGGCGGGGGAUAAGUGAGUUAUAAAGGGAAGGGAUCUCAAUUUAAACAAGAAAUGACUAAAAUACAUCUUUGACAGGAUCUAUGAAUAAAUCUAUGACUGGGUUUGGACAGUACUUGCUUUUUAGGCAAAACAAUGAAUGAUGCAAUCUGAAGCUGGUAUUGCACCAUACAUGAUAUGAAUUGCAUCAUGUUAUUCCUAGAAGUCAUGGAUGAUGCAAUCAUAACGAAGCUUGCAUCACUCUGCUGAACAAAUUGCCCUAUGUCAGCUCUAGAAAUUAUAAAGUGUCGUGUUCUCUUAUUUGUCAGUGUUUGAUUUUGCAAAAAGGGACACAUUUCUGUUUAGCCGAAGUGAGCAGAGAUGCCUUGUACUUGUGUGAACAGUGCAGAUAACUUCUGCUAUGUUUGUGGUGAAGUGACUUUUGCAUCACAAAAGCGCAGUAUAACCACUAUGGUUAAGAAAGCCUAUCACCUUUAUUUUGGCUGCAAAAUUGGAGAUCAGGACAAGAGGUGGGCCCCACACAUAUGCUGCAACACUUGUGCAACAAAUCUUCGCCAGUGGUUGAACAGGAAAAGGAAAUCUAUGCCUUUUGCAGUGCCAAUGAUUUGGAGAGAGCCAACAGAUCAUACCAGCAAUUGUUACUUCUGCAUGGUGCCUCCAGUUGGGAAAGGUGUGUCAAAGAAGAAAAAGGGAACUGUGCAUUAUCCAAACAUUCCAUCAGCUAUACGCCCAGUACCCCACAGAGAAGGACUACCGAUUCCUGAUGCACCAGAAUCAUUCUCACUUGAGUUAGACGAGGAAGAGGAUGAAACUUCUGGUCCUGAACCAUCAAUGUCACAGGACCCACAUUUUCUCCCAUCCUCCUCCUCUGAACCACACCUCAUAACACAAGGUGAACUGAAUGACCUUGUCAGGGAUUUGGAACUACCCAAGAGUAAGGCAGAGCUGUUGGGCUCCAGACUACAGCAAUGGAAUCUCCUGGCAGGUGGUGAUAGGGUUUCCAUGUUCCGUGACCGUCAAAAGGAUCUUGUCCCAUUCUUCUUCAUGGAAGGUGAUCUUGUAGCCUGCAACGACAUCGAUGGUGUGAUGGCAGCCCUCAACAUCGUUCACAAUCCAGAUGAGUGGAGACUGUUCGUUGAUUCAUCAAAGACCAGUCUUAAAGCUGUUUUACUGCAUAAUGGCAAUGUUUUGCCAUCAAUUCCAGUUGGUCAUGCAGUCCAUAAGAAGGAAACCUAUGACAACAUGAAACAACUUUUGAGGUGCAUAAACUAUGACCAACAUCAGUGGCAGCUUUGUGGCGAUUUGAAGGUUGUUGCUCUCUUGCUUGGUCUGCAGACUGGAUACACAAAGUACUGCUGUUUUCUCUGCGGAUGGGAUAGUUGUGCAAGAGAUUCCCACUACAUCAAGAAAGAUUGGCCACUACGACAGUCAUUGGAGCCUGGGAGGAAAAGCGUUCAGCAUCCACCACUUGUUGAAUCAAGGAAGAUUUUGUUACCACCCUUACACAUCAAGCUGGGUCUGAUGAAGAACUUUGUCAAGGCCAUUGACAAAACACAAGCAGCUUUCAAGUACCUCUGUGGAAAAUUUCCAAGUUUAAGUGAAGCUAAGAUAAAGGAAAGUGUCUUUGUUGGUCCUCAGAUUCGUGAACUUCUUCGAGACGAUGCAUUUGACCAUGCACUGCGUGGCAAGGAAAAGACGGCAUGGAAAGCCUUCCAGUUAGUGGCAAUAAAUUUUCUCGGAAACAACAAGGCAGACAACUACAGAUUGUUGGUGGAAAACCUCCUCAAGGCAUACAAAAGCCUUGGUUGCAACAUGUCACUAAAGAUGCAUUUUUUGCACUCUCAUCUAGAUUUUUUUCCACUGAACUGCGGAGCAGUGAGCGACGAGCACAGCGAGCGAUUUCACCAGGACAUUGCAACAAUGGAGAAACUCUAUCAGGGCAAAUGGAGCCCAUCAAUGCUUGCAGACUAUUGCUGGACAGUGACAAGAGAUGCUCCAUUUAAUAAAUACAAGAGACAAACCAAGAAGCGCCGAGUAGACACUGAAUAGGACUAAACUAUGUACAUAAGUCUUUUGUCUCAUAAUAAAUUUUAUUUAUAUAACCCUUUUGCUGAUUUUUAAAGUGUUACAUAAACAGGACAGGUGAAAUAUUAUCAUGUAAAGCAACCAUAAACACAUGAAAAGACCUAGGUUUACAAUUUAUGAUUAAAACUCUAUCUGCACAAUAUACAUAAACAUAGAAUGUAAAAACUUAAAUAUCUUAGAAACAGUAGCCAAUCAGUUGUUUUAAUUGUCAUAUUUGAAUUUAGCACAUAAUGUGCUAUUUAUUAUGUAUUUUGAUCUCUGAAGCGGACGACUUCUCAAAAAUUAUAGACCAGUGUUAUGUAAGUUGUGACAGACCAUCUUGUCCCCACUAGACAUGGGCAUCCACCACAGGAGGCAGAUUUUUCCAGCUCUCUUCUCUUGCACUUGCCUAUAGCUUAAAGUGUGCAAGGUGUCAAGUUAUAUUUCACUAGCUUAAUAGAAGACCUAUGUAAGGUUUCUGUUCUACACAAGAAUAGCUUCUAGUGAAAUUCAGCUGUACAGUUCUCCAAUAUAUGGCAGCAGCGGACUGGUAAUGUAGUCAUUGAGGAAUCUGGACAGAAAACGUUCUCUCCCCACCAUCCUGUUGUAAUUCCAGAUCACUUGUCUACAGGUACUUUUUUCCCUUUCCUGAUAAAAUGUGAUGCUACAGUAAAGAUUGAAUAUUUCUAAUCCUGUAUAUGGUCUCAAACACAACUGUACUGUUAAAAGUGUUUACACAUGUACAUCCUUAGAAAUCAGAAAAUAAUAUGUCCGGCAACUCUUAAUCACAUCCCUUGUAAGUUUGGACCCUGAUAGUUUUGCAACUAAUCUGCUUCCCUCCCCUCUGAGUGAACUCUCAAUUUUCCCUUCUUGACCAAAUUCCCCCCCCCCAAUGAGUCUUAGUUCACAGAACCAAUGUGCCUAGACAUCACUAGCAGUUCCCUCUGCAACCUGUCCUUUAUCAUUUUAAUGUUGGUUUGGAAACAUGUUACAGCUUUUUUUUUUUUUUUUUUUCCCAAAAAUUAUCAGGGAAGUUAAAUGAGAUUCCUGCAGUAAAGAAAGUACAGCACUAGAAAAUCUUUUUGGGUGUCCUUAUUGCAAGCCUGUCGGUCUGCGAUAGAACAUCACAAAAUAUCCAAAAGACCCUGAGAAUUAGCAACUGUGUUUUUGUGAGCAUUAUCAAAUGUGUCUGAUCACUCUUUUACAAGUAGAAGAUGCAUACUGUUGAGUGCACAAUUAAAAUUUUCAAAUCAUU